GAGGACGCAACAAUAUCCAUAUAACUAGUGGUCGGCAACCCUGGCCGUGGCCACAAACAAUAAAAAAAACUCAUACUUUGGCCGAUCAUUUUCCAGCGCAAAUUGAUAAAAAUGCCUUAGGUGCUCGGAUCGGGAGUUAGCAGAAGCCGCAGCAGGAUGGCCUACAUCAACAUCGCCGAGUGGACGCCCGACCAGGUGACGGACUGGAUCAGAGGUUUGGAUGAGUCCAUGAAACCAUAUUUGUACGAGUUUUCCAAACACGACAUAGAUGGCAAGGCCCUGCUUAAUAUCCGGCCGUAUGAGCUGGAAAAUCUGGGAAUGCGGAGAAUAGGCCAUCAGGAGAUCGUACUGGAGGCAGUGGAGAACCUAAGGAAUUUCCAUUAUCACCUAAAAAACGACAAUCUACAGUUCAUGGCAAUGCAUGUGGGCACGGCUGCCAGGAAUCUGCAUCGAGAGUUGGCCAAAAAUCAUGCUGACAGCACCAAGAUAGAUACGAGGAUACUGCACGAUAUUACCAGGAUGAUAGCCACUCUGAAGCCUUUGGUUAGCAGCCUGGAACGGGCACCGUUUCGCAAGCAAGAAAUGUAUCGUGAGUACUGCGGCAACGUGCUGAAAUUCGGCCUGGAGCUAGCAACCAUUGCGCAUCGGGAUAGGUUUGCUCUUUAUCCAGUACCUGCGAUUCGGACCUCAGCGGAACGGCUUGAAAGGCUGGCCAACUUUAUAAUCCAGGAUAUUUCUGAUCCCAUGGUGCUGCAGCCCGCCUCUCUGAGCUUGGUGACCCUCAAAAAGGUCACCCGCGAAUCGGAGCUAGGAUUUACCAUAGAGUCCAGCUAUAAUGGCAUUCAUCGUGUGACUGAUAACAAGUACAACUCGCCAGCUCACAAUUCGAGCAAAAUCGAGGAUGGUGACGAAAUUGUGCAGAUCAACUAUCAGACUGUGGUCGGCUGGCAGCACCGAACGGUGCUGGAGCAUCUGAGGGAAGCCCUACCAGAUGUGGUGCUAACUGUCAAGAAGCGGCCAAAGCACACCAAGAUGUUCGGUCAAAUCUACAUGCAACCUUACCGGCUACCCAGCAAAAAGCGAAACAUGGCCAGUCGCUGGGCGGAUCAAAUGCACAGCCCAAGGGCUGCCUUUUUAACGCUGGACUCCGAGCGAGCGGCAACGGGUGGCAUUGGAAGCUCCGUGCCGGAGUCUGGCAAGUCCCUGAGCAUCGAAAAGAACGAGAAUCUGGUCAAGGCCAAGCCAGUGGUGGAGUCCUCCUCCUCGGAUUCGGACUCUAGUUGUAGUGAUAUUCCCACACCCACAGAUCCAAAGUCGGCGGCCCGGGAGAUCCGUUUGUAUUAUCCCAAGCCGAGGGCCCUGCUCCAGCGUAGAAACACCAUUUGCGGCGAUGAGUUUCUCAGCUUGAAACACUCGGAUUUGGUGGUUCCGUCGUGGCACGAAAGGAAACCAGGUGUUGGCUCUUCGGCUGUCUGUGAUCCAGGGUCGCCUAGCAUUCGCGACAAGUCGAUAUCCUUCGGUUACGGUCUGGAGAUAGCACCCAGACCCACAACCUGCAUUGGUAUUGCAUGUGAUAGCUCUACGGACAAGGUCAAGCGAAUGUUCCACGAGGCCAGGAAGCUGAAGCAGUUGACCGAGGAAUCGCAGCGCGAGGUCCUGGAGGACCGGUACAAGCCGGGCGUCAGCAAGGUGGUCCGUUUCGACGCCAAUAUGAAGGUGGAGGAUUAUGUGGUGAAGAACGAGAAGUUUACGUGCAACGUGGAAAACACAAUACUUGAAACCUUCGAGCCAAUACCCUUUGCGGACGAGGGCGACGAGGAUGCCCUGGAGACGCUGCGAAACUGCAAGACCGAGAACGCCGAGGAGCUGCUGGAGGCCAUUGACCAGGCGACUCGCGGCCAGGAGUUGCCUUUGGCAGAGGCCAUAAAUGUGCCACUGGUGUUACAGGGACGUCGUGGACGAUUGGACAAAAGCCAUAGCACACCAGCCUACGACAAUUCUGGAGAGGAAUCGGAUACUCCGCCGGCGAUUGAGCCGCGCAAAGAAUUCCUUUUGGUAACACCACCAGCGCCGCCACCACGACCUCGAAAGCAGCGAGAGAUGACGCCUCCAUCAGUGCCACCACCGCCACCAAAGCCUGCCAGUAUGCAGGCUGCCAGUAGCACCACCAGCAUUUCUAUUCCCGUGCCUGUUUCAGUGCCAGUUCCCGUUCAAGCGGCUGGAGAUUCGUCCGAGAUCAGUGAGUUGCACACGCCCACUAAAUCGCGAACUUUGACCCUGAAGAAGAAGCACAGCCUUAUGGCCAAGCGAAGGAACAUGAACCUGAAGCUCCUGGGCACCGGCGACAUUCAAGGUUACCUGUACCGGCGCACAAAAAACCACAACGGAGUCACGUACUGGGCACGGAUAUACUUUGUGAUGCUGGACACCAUUCUCUACGGGUUUCGCAAGAAGGAGAGCUCCACAGCCAGUCUGGUUAUUUUCCUACCGGGAUUCACGGUGUCACUGGCCAAGGAGGUGCACUCCAAGCCGCACGCCUUCAAGGUCUACCAUACGGCCAAGUGCUUUUACUUUGCCGCCGAGUCGCUGAAUGCCCUUAACCAGUGGGUGGACUUGUUGCGCCAGGCUUCGCUUAAAGUGUCUGCCAGUUCCGGAAUCGGAGGAGUCAGCAACGGGGCAAGGGAUCUGUAUUCGGAGGACGACAGUUCGGGGGAGGAGAACGAUGCCCUGGUGGCCAAGAACCUGAGUACUCCAUCGCCGCAGGCUAAUAAGGAGGCAGUGUCCAUGUCCUCGCUCACCCUGCCAGGCGGAACACCUCCCUCCUCGGGAAGCACCAAGCAUGAGAGAGGAUACUUUGGGUACUUGAUGGAUAGGAUGGGUACUUUCAAGAGUAGUGCAGCGAAGCCUUCGAGCGACAUCCCCGUGCCAACGGAACAGUAUCGCAGCUACAGAAAGGUGCCGGGCGGCAGUUUUGGCAUCCAGAUUGGAGCCAACACCCCGGGCUAUCACGAUCCAGCUCAGCCACCCACCCAGAUCGCUCCGCCAGUGGCUCCCAAGCUGUCGCGCAGUUCCAGCCGAAGUUCCGUGGUUAGUGGCACAGAAUCGGCCAUAUCUGUAUCGGCAUCGAUAUUAGGACCGCCCACCUCACCAGCUCCCACGCCAACGGCAACACCAACUUCGUUGCAGCACCAGAGCUCCGAGGAGAGUCCUAGCCAGAGCCAGAGUCAGAGUCCAAGCAGCAAGUCCAGUCUGAAGAAGGUUCCGUAUAACUUUCUGCAUGCCUCUAAUCCGAAUUUGGUGGAGUUCGAUUUCCACACCUCGAAAACACUGCUGCCCAAGAUGAGUGUGGGCACAACCUUGGAUCAUGGCCACAACACCCAGGGCUUCGUAACCCUCAAGGACUUGAUGCUGCGCAAACAGGAGGAGGAGGCCCAGGAGAUGUACAACAACAGGGUUCACCUGGGAGUGGAGAAGCACAAGCAUUCGCGGACUGAAUCGACGGCCAGUCAGCAGAGCUCCGCCAGCAUGAGUGUUGCGAAGCCGCUGGAGAAGCUGCCCAAGAUCCAAAGUGUCAGUCUGCCCAAGACGCCCGACUACGAGAUCAGCUUCAAGCCAGACGACGAGAGUAUAAAGAGGACGCGGACCAAGGAGGGCCAGAAGCUGCGUGAUUUCGGCUACGAGCUGAUCUGCGGCGACGAGCCAAGCUCCAGUUCGAGUAGUAGGCAGGAGCAGCUGCAUCACUACAAUCAGCAGCACCAGCAGCAGUCGCAGCACCACCAUCAGCCGCAGAGCAGCAAGACCAAGCAGUUUCUGCGCUCCCAGCAGCAGCAGCUCUCCAGUUUCCUGCACAAGAGCAGUGGCGACCAGAAGAAAAACAAAGGAAAGUCGAGCAGCGAUCGUCGUUUCUUCUCGAAGCAUUCAUCUGGAUCCACCGGCAGUUCGCCAGGGCAUGCGAUGACUAUGACGCUGCCGCUGAAUAAGAAAUCGAAAUCGAAUCACGCCUUGGACGGCGGCGGAAGUGGAGGAGGCGCUGGCACUGGCAGUGGGACUAGCAUCAAGAAGAGUCAGACGUACAAUCAGGACUUGCGGGAUAAGAUAGCGGGAACCAAAUACGAUGCCCAUCGCAAGAACUCAGCUCCGAUACCGAUCUUCUCGAAGCUCUCCAUUCCGAGCGGCACGCCGGCGAAGCCCUCUAAGGAGAACCGCUUUCUGGGAUCACCGCUGCUGCACCGGACGCUCUUUGGACACCAUCAUCAUCAACAGCACCACCACCAGCAGUCGUAUCCGGUGCAGCCGACGACGCCAACCAGCAUUGCGGAUCUGGAUGGAGACCAGGAGAUCUUCUCGCAAAUCACUUUGCCCACCCACAAUCAAGCGGGCUACAGAAGCUACCGGGGUCCCGGCAUGAUGACCACAUCAACGACUAACCUUUGCUCUUCGGAGGCACUGCAGCCGCCAUUACCGCCGGCGCCACCGCCUCCCAUACGGCAAAGGGAGGAAGAGCCCAAAUCAGAGGCGGUGGCAGCCGAAGCAGCCGCAUCGGAGAGUGCUGCAACCCCCAGGGUUUCCAACUCGGGAUCAUUGGACUCUAAAGCGGCCACACCGGACUAUCCGAAUAUGGAGUGUCCGCCGGUUUUUGAACCGGAGAUAUACUCGCUCAGCGAACCAAACACCAGCUUGUCGCGGCUUAUGCUGCGUACAACAAGCAACAAUAAUAAUAACAACAACAACAACACCACAACCACAACAACAACAACAACAAACACCAACAACAGCAGUCCCAGUGGCGGCGAACAUCAGACCUAGGUGUGUGAUGGAAACUACUGUGAAUGCUCUAUUACUUAUGUAUUUACUUAUACGCAUAUAGAUAAUAUAUAUAUAUAUAUACAUAUAUUAUAUAUUGCGAUAUAUACUCGUAUGAUAUAGGUAUACAAUUUGUUCAUUUUGAUCGUCUUCCCUAUCCUGAAACACCAGCGCAAUCCUUUCAAAUCGAUCCCCUAAUUAGAUGUAAAUGUUUAAUGUCUUAUUUGCAUUAUUUUGGUUUUUAGGUAAAAAGUUUUAAAUAACACACAUAUGUAUUCACGCGUACAACAACAAAAAAAAAACAAAAAAACAAUGAAAUAUAGCAAAAAGAAAUUAUAAAUCUUUAAGCAUUAACUGAGAAGUCUGUGCAUCGAAGAGAAAAUAGUUCUUUAUGAUUUGCCUUUGUAAUGGGAUUAACCAAGUUAAUCCGAGCUGUUUGAUUUGCUCAACAGUUUGUGUCUAGAUUAUAUGUAUUAUAUUAUGAAAAUCGAGAUAUUACUGUAGUGUGAGGUUACCACUGAUGGCAAUGGAACCACGAAAACGUUGUAGCGAAAAUAAAAUAUAUAUAUAUAUAUAUACACAGUACACGAAAUAUACAUGCAUACGAAUAAAGUCAACUGUAUAUAAAGAA